AUGCCAAGGAGGAAGCAGGAGCAACCCAAGCGCCUGCCUUCACAAUUGGACGGUCAUGAAGGAGGGCCGGACACUGGUCCUGUGGAGGAGGAGGGCUGGUUUGGGAAUGCCUCUGAUACCCGCUCUGAGUCAUCGUAUGGAGACACUCAGGAUGAGUUGCUGUGCACCCGAGGCUCCUCUCCAGAGGAGGGCCAUGCAGCCAGUGCCGGCUCCACAGAUCAUGAAACCUGCGGAGCGGACAGCUCUCUGGGUGGCUCCACACCCGUCCACCGUGCCUCUCUGGAGCUGCUGGGGCUGGACGGAGGCGUCUUCUCAGCACAGGACACUUUGUCAUCAGUGGUGUCGUCACUGUAUGGAGAGGCCGCAUCUCGAGCCCUGGGCAAACCUCUCAGCAGUAACCUGCGGCGCCUCCUAGAGGCGGGAUCACUUAAAUUGGACUCUAGUGACCUACUGGGACGCUCCUCUCGAGGAGAGUCUCCCCCAAUUGGCUUGGCCCCUCCUCUCACCCUGUCUCCAUCCUCACACCACGCUCAACAACUAAGUGCUCUUGCCCGAAAACUUGCAAAUAACAACAGUGGCUCAGCAUCGCCAGCCUCCUUGGCACCCUCAGUUACCAACAUCAAGCAGGAGCCCUUGGACCCUUUUAACUCCUCCAGCAAUGGAAGUGGCUUUGUUUGGGCCGGGGUCACCGAUAAGUGGCCCCCAGCCAGCUGCUCCACGCCCUGUGGCUCCAGCCUGUCUCCGGACUCUGCCAUACAGAAACUCAAAGCAGCAGCCAACGCUGUGCUGCAGGACAAGAGCGCUGUGGCCUCCUCCACCUCCUCCUCUUCUUCAUCCACCUCUUCUGUGGUGCCUGCUCUGGGGACCACAGGGAGAACAGAUGACAUGGUACGCUUCGAUGCCUUCAACUCUCCCUUCAGCCCUCAGUCGGCCAGCUCCACUCUCGCUGCACUUUCCAAGAAAGUUAGUGAGCGAAACCAGGCCUCUACGACCAGUGCUGCCUCAGACCAUCAGUCCCCAGCCAGCUCCUUUCUUUCUCUUGUGUCCAUGACCUCCUCUGCUGCCCUGCUCAAAGAGGUGGCAGCGAGAGCAGCAGGAAACCUGCUGGCAGAGAAGAAGGAGGGCUCUCCCUUAAGCACGUCCACAGUCCUCCAAGAGGAUGUCAAACCCCUGCUGGAGAAGAACCAGAAGACCCCUACACCCACAUCUACACCCACUCCAGGUCUAGAGCUGCUGCUCCCCUCCACUCCAAAGGGUAGGGCCAAGCCCAUCAGCCAAGCAGACCAGCUCGUUUGUGCCGGGACGUACGCGCAGCCAAAAGGGGGCUGUCAGUGUGCGCUCAGCUCAGCGGGGAGCCCUGGAGUCCAUAUCCAUCUCGGCAGCCUCCUCCUGGCUCCGACCCCUGCCAGCCCAGGCCCAACAGAUGAGCCAGUCGAUGUAAUAUUGUGUGAUCUGCAUGCUAAAGAGCGGCUUGGCUGUAACCCGCGAGCCGUCAAGGUCGAGCGGCGCAGUAAAAAGACAGGCUCUCCGGAGGAUGGUGGCAAACCGUUCCAGUGUCCGGUGUGUGGACUGGUCAUCAAGCGCAAGAGCUACUGGAAGAGACACAUGGUUAUCCACACAGGCUUGAAAAGCCACCAGUGUCCCUUGUGCCCCUUCCGCUGCGCUCGCAAAGACAAUCUCAAGUCCCACAUGAAGGUCCACCAGCACCAGGACCGAGGGGAGACGUUUCAGUGUGAGCUGUGCCCUUUUACCUCAUCCAGACACUUCAGCUUGAAGCUCCACAUGCGCUGCCACCAGCACUUCCCCCGCACAGACCUCAAGGUGAAGGAGGAGCUGACCACGGACACUGAGGGCGAGGGCUCCCAGAUGGGUGACAGCACCCCAGGGGAGCUGAGAGGGAGCGACGCCUCCCCACAGCGCCCAGACACGCACCCUCAAAGCUCUCCUGCUCUGGAGGCUUCCUCCAACCAUGUCCACAUCAAGGAGGAGCCCCAGGAGCGUGACCUGUCUGUGCUGUCCCCGUUCAGCCUGUGCCGCGAGCGUCCCAGCAGCAGUGCUAACUCCUUGGAUCUACCCGGAGUCACUGUGGGGGUCCGCUCCAGUCCCACCAUCCCUAUAUCGGCCUCCAUCUUCAGCCCAGACAUCAGCACCAAGACAGCCACUGACCUGCUUAUUAAGCUUUCAGCGGCCAACCAAAGGGAGUCCUUGAAGUCUCCGUUCCACCUGAAGGAGGAGCCUAAACUGGAGGAGGCCCUCAGCCCCAGACCAGCCUCCCAGUCCCAGGGGCAGACGGGGUUCCCAAGUCCCUUCUGUCAUGACGGCCUCCUGGGGGCCACUGCCACUCCGGAGCGCUCGGCCACACUCAAACCACGAGAAGACAGCCCCCUGUCCAAGAACAACCUUCUGAACCAUGACAUCAGCAUGAAGGUGGCAUCAGAACUGCUCAUCAAGCUCUCAGAAAACAACAAGGACUCCCAAUACCAGAAGGUUGCGGUGAAGGCCGAGCCCAUGGAGGUGGACCCGCCCCCCGCAGAGCUCAGCCCCCCGGCCCCUCACCUGUUGGCCUUCAGCACUUUAGGAAACAGCGACAAGUCUGAGCCAAUGAGCAGCCUCCCCAAGACUCUGGGCCGCCCACAGAACGACCUCUUCUCCCAGGACAUAUCGGUGAAAAUGGCCUCGGAGCUGCUAUUCAAACUGUCAGAAAAAGUCAGCAAAGCCAACAACCACAAAGAUGCAAACAUGGUGGGGAAAAACAGUCCUUUUCUGGACGAGUGCUUCAGACAAUCACCCUUUAACUCGCGCUCCAAGAGCUCAUCCCCCGCAGAGGCCAGCUCCUCCAACCGGCCCGACCUCCACAACUUGGAAAAGGACCACGGCGAGCCGGGCAAUGGAAUCAGCCAGUGGAGGCUGAACGAGCAGCUCUUCCCCUGUCCGAUCUGUGGGAAAGUGUUUGGAAGACAGCAGACCCUCUCCAGACACUUAGCACUACACACAGAGGAGAGGAAGUACAAGUGUCACCUGUGUCCUUACGCCGCCAAGUGCAGGGCGAACCUCAAUCAGCAUCUGACCAUCCACUCAGUCAAACUGGUCAGCACGGACACAGAGCAGAUUGUGAGCGCGGUCACAGCUGACUCCACCGAGCGCAAGAACUGCCUCUACUACUACAGCUGCCACGUGUGCGGGUUCCAGACGGAGCUCAAUGCCCAGUUUGUGAGCCACAUGUCGCUCCAUGUGGACAAGGAGCAGUGGAUGUUCUCCCUGUGCUGCAGCGUGUGCGACUACGUGUGUAUGGACGAGGGCGACAUGAAGGGCCACGUCAGCACCGGACACUCAGUCCUAAACUCCAGAAGUCCUCUCAGUGAGACCAAGAGCACCUCCUCAUCCCUCUCGGCCCUCAGCGACUCCCUCAAUAGCUCAGAGGGUGGAGAUCACAGCAACGAAGAACUGAAGAGCCUGCUGGCCCCGCCCUCUUCUGCCAGCAGCCAAUUAAGCUCCGGGAGCCACUCGGGAUCAGGAACUGAGGACAAAAAUGAAAAAGGCUUUGAGUGCGUCUUCUGUAACUUUGUGUGUAAGACACGCAGCAUGUACGAGCGGCACCUCCAGAUCCACCUCAUCACCAGAAUGUUCGAGUGCGAUGUGUGCCACAAGUUCCUCAAGACGCCCGAGCAGCUGUUGGAACACAAGAAGUGCCACACCGUCCCCUCAGGAGGGCUCAAGGUUUGUGAAGCGCUUUGGGGCCCAGAGCAGAUGAAAGCCGUCACCUCACUCCCACACACAUUUAAGCACCACACAUACAACCGGAGCACAAACAGCACUCCUCCUUCACCUGCCCUUUCCUCCACAUCUGUGCCACUGUGCCCUUUCUGCAUCUACUCCACCAAUCGUCCGGCGGCCAUGGAGUGCCACCUCAAGACGCACUGUAAGAUGGAGUAUCGCUGCCGCAUCUGCCAAGGACUGUGGCCUGACCAGGCCGCGCUGGAGGGCCACAUGCGUGCCCAUCGCCUGGGCAACCACUACAAGUGUGAGCAGUGCGGUUACCUGUCCAAGACGGCCAACAAGCUGAUCGAGCACGUGCGCGUGCACACAGGCGAGCGGCCCUUCCAAUGUGACCGCUGCUCCUACAGCUGCAAGCGCAAAGACAACCUCAACCUGCACAAGAAGCUGAAGCACGCGCCGCGACAGCCGCUGGGCUGCCACGACUGCCCCUUCACCACCACGCACCCCUUCGUCUACAGCCGCCACGUGAAGAAACACCAGCGCGGGGUAGAGGAGGAGGAGGAGGAGCGCAGGGAGAGUGCAUCCCCGGCCGGCCCUCACUUCCUGUUAGGUGCAGGCAGCAGCGGGGGCAGCAGUAGCAGCAGUCCACUCAUGAACCUGAGUGCCUCCCAUGCUCUGCAGUCUGCAGCAUUGUCCCUCACUUUAGGCAGGUCCCUCCAGCCCCUGGACCCCCCCUCAAUGUGCUCUCCACUGGAGCCCUACACAAACUGUAAGCGCCCCCUCAUCCCCCUCACCACCCUGUACACAUUCCAGAGUGCCCCGCGGCCCGCCACCUCCCCGCCGCUCGCCUCCUCCUCGUCCCACAAACACUCCUUCAUGGCUUACCUGGGACUCACCGAGAGGGCCAAGACUGUGUGA